AUCACGACUAGACUUUCUGGUUGGUGAUGAUGAGCAUCUCCUCCUCAUUACCUUCUUCAUCGUCGCCGCUCUUCAUCUACAUCUCCAUCUCCUAGCUCUCUCUCUCUCUUCUUUUCCGUUCAAUCUCCGCCGCACAUAUCCAAAUCCGGAAAUCCAACGGUGUGGGAGGAGGAGGAGGAGAUGUACGUGACGGCGGUGCGACCGACGGAUCUGAAUCGGAACACGGAAUGGUUUACGUACCCCGGCGUUUGGACCACCUACAUUCUCAUCGUCUUCUUUUCAUGGCUCAUCGUUCUCUGCCUCUUCUCUUGCUCUCCCGGCAUGGCCUGGACCAUCGUCCACCUCGCCCAUUUUCUCGUUACGUACCAUUUCUUUCACUGGAAGAAGGGAACACCAUUUGCUGAUGACCAAGGUAUCUACAAUGCGCUUACUUGGUGGGAGCAGAUAGACAAUGGCAACCAGCUCACUCGAAACAGAAAGUUUCUAACUGUCGUGCCUGUUGUGUUGUAUUUGAUAGCAUCUCAUACAACAGACUAUCAAAAUCCAAUGCUCUUCUUCAACACACUAGCAGUUUUUGUGCUGGUAGUGGCAAAGUUCCCAAACAUGCACAAGGUUCGCAUAUUUGGAAUCAAUGGUGAUCUCUGAUCUCUAAAAGAACAAGGUUGACUUCAGUUUUCUUGCUCUAGUUUAUAUUGGCAAUCAAAUCUAAUGGUAUAUCCCUGUUGAUGUUGAAACUGGAAACAGUAUUAUUUUUUGAAUGAAUUGAAACUUUUACCCCUCCUGCUC